GGCCCAUUCACCAGCCACCCCUCCUUCCUUCUCUUCAAGAGCUGGCUAGGUAGCCAGCCACCAUUAAUACUCACCCCCAAGCUUCGCUUUCUCAGCCCUCCCAUUGCCCCCUUUCAUCGGCGUCGCAGGAUCCCAGCAUGUAGCUGCAGCUCCUGGCCAUAUCCCACACCGGUUACUUAGUUGUGGUUUCGGAUAGUGAUAUCUCGAUUGAUCUUGGGGGUGAGAUUCGUUCUCCGCUACAGUCCUACCUAGCUGCGUAUCUCUUGUUCAUCACAAGCUGCAGAGACAGAAGCAGCUAGCAAAGUGAGGUGAGAUCAAUGGACCUGAUACCACAGCCCGACAGCCCGCACUCGGACGGCAGCGGCGGCGCGACGUCGGGGGCUUCGUCGGCGGUGUCGUCGCUGUCGCCAGGGGGCGCGGUCUCGCCGUCGCCAAGCAGGUACGAGUCGCAGAAGCGGCGGGACUGGAACACGUUCGGGCAGUACCUCCGGAACCACCGGCCCCCGCUGUCGCUGGCGCGUUGCAGCGGCGCGCACGUGCUGGAGUUCCUGCGCUACCUCGACCAGUUCGGCAAGACCAAGGUGCACGCCGCCGGGUGCCCAUUCUUCGGCCACCCUGUGCCGCCGGCGCCAUGCCCGUGUCCGCUCCGGCAGGCGUGGGGCAGCCUCGACGCACUCGUCGGCCGCCUCCGUGCUGCCUAUGAGGAGAACGGCGGACGACCGGAGAACAACCCCUUCGGCGCCAGGGCCGUGCGGCUCUACCUCCGCGAGGUCCGGGAGCACCAGUCACGCGCACGCGGAGUUAGCUACGACAAGAAGAAGCGCAGGAAGCCGCCCCACCCCCCCGGCUCUGCCGACAUCCCCUCCCACGAAGGCAACAGCAACGGCCACCACCAGUACCACCAGAUGCCCCCGCCGCCUCCCGGCGCCGCGGCGUGAGCCGGUGACCGCCGUCCGCCGGAGCUAGCUAGCUGCAACGACUUUCCCUACGUAUCCUAUGUAUUCCCACCAUCUCUCCAGCUAGCCACCGAGCUCUUGCUUACUACAAGUCCCUAGCUAGCUAGUCUCCUCCUACUAGUGCAAGCGCGGAUUAAAUUCCUCCACGAAUCCAUGCUUGCUACCCCUACUAGUCUAGUAGUACUACUCUUGUCCGGAUCAUUUCCAAACUUUGAUCAUAUGAUAUGAUCCCUACUAUUCGUUCGCUGGUGUUUUCCCCACCCUCUACUACUGUGCGUUGUUUGUGAUGAACAUGAACUGAUGUUAUGUUUAGCGAACUAGCUAGCUCCAUGGCUCGAUUUAAUCCUCUAUGUAAUCGAUUUGGUGCAAUUAAUUAGCUUAGUCC